CGCCGAAUGAUCUUUGUGACAAGCAAUAUUAUGCCAAAUGACCCAACACCGUUAGCGCAGGUAACUGAAACGUGUGACAAAAUGGACAAGACAAACAACGAUGCAACACAUCAUCGCCACAUUUCAUUAGUGUCUUCGAAGUUCUCGACAGCAUCUUUCAUAAAAUUUAAAAUAUUAUAAGCAAAGUUGGAAUAAUUCCCUAGUUGCACACGUAGCCAUGGAUGAUCAACCUUGUUUUAUGUGUGACCAAAAAACGAUGGAUUCCCUCCCUAUGUUAGAUUCUACAAAAGAAUCACAACUGACCAUCAGCAACAUUAUCUGUAAGCAUUUCUGGUUCGAGGAGGAUGCCCUGCAAACGGCCAUCAUCUGUGAGCUCUGCUGGCAGAAGGUGGACCAAUUCCAUCGUUAUUAUGAGGAGGUAAAGCAGCUCCAUGAUCAACUGGCGCAACCCAACACGGUUUUUAUCAAACAGGAACAGAUUGAAUUUGAAGUGGAAUUUCUUAGCGAUCCUCAGAAUCAGAUAGACCAGAAAGUAGAAGCAGGACAGCAUGCAGUGGAUGAUGGAAUCUCGGAUAGAGGCAUGGAGUCUGACAUAGUAGUGGAACAAGAAUCACUUUUUUGUGAAGAAACUAAGGUUGAGAUUCAGGAGGAACAGAAUGAACUGUCGAUGAAAGCUAAUAGCAACGGUAAAAAAAUUACUAAAAGGGAGAUGGUCAGGAAGCGAGUAGAAUUGUUGAACCAAAAGAGACAAAAGCAGGAUGAUUUUAUCAAACAGCACAAACCGUACGAAUGUGAAGAAUGUCCUAUGAAAUUUGAAGGCUUCAUUGCGUUUCGUCGCCAUAUGCAAGCAGCUCAUGGCAAGUCCUACAUAGUAUGCUGUAACGUAAAAUUCAUUAAUCAGAACGUGCUGCAUCAGCACGUCCAGAAGGUGUUCAACCCGGAAACGUUCAAAUGCGAGUUUUGCGGUAAAACGUACAAUCUCCGGAUAGGAUACAUUCGCCACAAGGAGCGAGUACAUCGGAGCGAAAUUCCCUCGCUCAUCAAUUGCGAGCAGUGUCCACGAUCUUUCACUAGACAACACCUGUUCGAACGGCACAUGGCCCGCCAUGAGGCGUCGAAGAAAGAGAAACCAACCUGCGAUCUCUGUGGUAAAUCCUUCAAGACUCGAACAAAUCUAAGACUGCACAUAGAUUCCCUUCACGAGAAGAAACCCAACUACAUCUGUGAGAUUUGCUCGAAACCCUUUGCCAGGCGAUGGAUGUUCCUAGAGCAUCGGUUGUCCCACGAAUACACCGAAGAACAGCUGAAAAAGCAGUGUCCCAUCUGCAAGCGAUGGCAAAAGAACCUACGGUACUGGAAGAAACACAUGGGCCGACAUCGAAGCGAAGGGCAGCACAAAUGUGACGAGUGCGAUCACGUGUCGAUCAAUUUGGCCGCCUUGAAGGAGCACGUCGAACGACGACAUCUGAACAAUACGUCCUGCGUUUGCGAUCUGUGCGGUAAGGUGUAUUCGCACCCGGUAACGCUGAAGGAACACGUGGCCAACGCGCACACGGGGGAACCGCUGUAUAAGUGCCUGUUCUGCGAAAUGAAGUUCUUCUCCAACGCCACCAUGUACUCGCACAGGAAGAAAGCUCACCCGGAGGAGUGGCAGCAGUACACCAAGGCCAGAUAUGGCAAUAAGGAGGUGGACGAAGCCGGGGAAGAUGGCAGUUCGGCUCAAUAGUGUUUUUUAGUUUAUUAGAUUAAAUGGUAUUAAAAACUGGAAAAUACGACUUUGGUAAA